AUGAUGGAGAAAGAGGAGAAGGUGGAAAGGAGCAGGGAGCACUGCACGAUGGACAGUAACUCUGACUACGAGGAGCCAGAUGGUUCCGAAAGGGUCUAUGUCAACUUAAAGGUGGCUGAGAAUGAGGUUCCGCAGCCCCAGACCGUGAGGUUCUGUUCGGGGCGUCUGGUCCGGGUCAGCAAGUACCUCCUGCAGCUUCUCACCUGUCUGGGCGUCUUCCUGCUCCUCGUGUUCAUCCUGGUCCAGGUCUCCAGAUUCCACCAGUCCCUGCAGAACUGGCCUGAGGCCUGUCAGAAAAGCCAGAGCCUAGAUACGCAGAAGCAGAUUCCAGAAGAACUCGAAGUCAUCGGCAAGCGGCUUGCUUGGAUGAAUGGCAUUCUGGACAGACUCUGCCGCCAGUGCCCCUGGGGCUGGGAGUUCUUCCAGGGAAGCUGCUACUGGUUCUCCAGGUCCCAGACCGAUUGGGCGUCUUCAGACCCUGCCUGUCAGAGCAUGAACGCCCGGCUGGUGGUUGUCAACAACGUCUCCGAGGAGAAAUUCCUCCAGUCUUGGGAGGUCCGGCAUGAGAAAAGAACUUGGAUCGGACUCAGUGACCACCACGAAGAGGCGUCCUGGCAAUGGGUGGACGGGACCCCUUUCCAACUCAGCUUUUGGAGACCAGGAGAACCCAACAACCAUGGCGAUGAGGACUGUGUGGAAUUGUUCAAUGAUGGCUGGAACGAUAUCCCGUGUAGUCAAGAGAAGCCGUGGAUUUGUGAGAAGCCCGCGGUGUCCUGCUCCCAACCGUGA